AUGACAACAACUGAAAUCGAAUUACAGAGGAAUUAUCUCUGUAGAUCACAGAUUCAAACACAGAGUGAAAUCGAGCUGGAAUUGAGCUCAAUUCGAGAAUUUUACUCAGCUUCUCUUCGCAUCAACCUUCUCCUAAUUGCUGGGUUAUUGGAGAUGGUGUUAAUAGAUAUAAUAUUCAAUUAUGGUGGUGAUUGGGUUACACAAUUUGAGGUCUUAUACACAAAGAAACUGAUUGAUGGGGAUGUUGGGAUUAGACAAUUACUUGGCUUAAUAUGUGAUGAAUAUAAUGUUAUUAGCAUUUAUGCUGUGGAUGAAUAUGAGCCCCCUAUUCAUGGUAUCCCUGAUAUUGUACACCAUAAAGAAUCAUACACCCAUGAGGAUGAGGCUGGUACUGACUAUAUCUUAAGUGACUUAGAAUCUGACUCUAUUUCUGAAUUAGAAAGUUAUGAUUCUGAAGAAUUGAAAACAUUGAAAGUACAAAAAAAGAGGGAGAUAACUGAAGAACUUAAUGAGUACAAAGAGUUGUAUAAGGGUAUGAACUUUAAGGACGUACCAGAAGCUAGGAAAUGUAUGAAGUUGUAUGCUUUGACAAACAAGAAAAAAUUAGAGUUGUUGAAGAGUGGCAAAAUAAGGCUUAGGUAUAAAUGUGAUAUAUUUGGUUGUCCCUUUUUGUGUUUGAUAUCUAAAGAGAGGAAUGGUGGGGUUAAGAUCAAGACCUUAAAUACAGAACACAGUUGUGGUGUUUCUUACGAUAACAAUACAGAUAAUCCUAAGUAUAAGGUAAAGGAGAUGAUGGCAGAUUUGAAGAGGGUUUUUGAACUAAAUAUUAGUCAUGGAAAGUGUAAGAGAGCAAAGAGAAUGCUCUUGGAAAACUUAGAUGGUAGUUUUAAUGAUGAGUAUAACAAAUUUGAAGCUUAUGCAACUGAAUUGAGAGAUAGUAAUCCAGGCAGUGAUGUGGUUAUAAAUCUUUCAAAGAAUGCAUUUGAAGAAGGGAGAAGAAGAUUCUUGAGGAUGUAUUUGCUUUCAAGCUUUAAAGAUGGAUUUCAAGCUAGGUUGCUUCAAUAUUCUCUAGACCUCAAGGAUGGGGAAGGAAUUACCUUCAUGUCAGACAUGCAAAAGGGAUUGAUUGAUGCUGUUAGAACUGUCCUUCCUCAAUCACAACAUAGAUAUUGUGUUAGACAUAUUGAGGCUAACUGGUGCAAGAUAUACAAUACUGGUGAAAGCAAAAAAUUACUUUGGUGGUGUGCAUGGUCUACUUAUGAGGAGGAAUUCAAGGACCAACUGAAGAAUUUAGGGGAAUUGAACAAGGAUGCAGCAACUGGUUUGUUGAGGUACCCACCUCAGACUUGGUGUAGAGCUUAUCUGGACACAGUGUGCAAGAAUCAGUCAGUUGAUAACAACUUGACUGAAUCCUUCAACAAGUGGAUUUUGGAAGCAAGGCAUAAGCCAAUAAUAAAGAUGUUGGAGGACAUUAGAAUCAAAGUGAUGAACAUGUUAAGAGAACAUGGAGAUGAAGUGAGGAGUUGGAGACAUGACUUUAGUCCAAAAACCAUGGAGUUGUACAGUGAGUACAUGCAAAUUGCUCAAUCCGCUUAUAGAGUUAAUGCAAAUGGAGAAAAUGGCUAUGAAGUGUCAGAAGGAGGUGAUAAGCAUUGUGUGAAUAUGGCUGUGAAGAAGUGCACCUGUAGGCAGUGGGAUCUUACAGGAAUCCCAUGUCCACAUGUUAUUAAAGCUGUACUUCAUAACAUGGGUGAUCCUUUGACAGAAAAGAACUGGUGGUAUAGCAAGGAGGCAUUUCUACUCACUUAUAAACACAAGUUACAACCUCUAAGAGGAGAAUUUUUUUGGAAGAUUGACCCAUCACAAGUAAUGGAACCACCUGAGUUGGUGAAGUUGGCUGGCAGGCCUAAAGUUAAGUGA